AUGACAGGGAUCCCUCGAAACAUUGCUGAACAUGAGUUAAGGAUACCACCAGACAUUAAGCCUGUGGUCCAAAAGAAAAGAAGUCUAGCGCCUGAGAGAAGCCUGGCUGCUUGCCAGGAGGUUGAAAAUCUUGUGUCAGCCGGCAUUCUCCGAGAAGUCAAGUACCAAUCAUGGGUUGCAAACCCAAUUAUGGUCCGAAAGCCAGAUAACUCCUGGAGGAUGUGCAUAGACUUCAAGGAUCUCAACAAGGCUUGUCCAAAAGAUUGCUACCCAUUACCAGAAAUCGAUCUCAAAGUUGACUCCCUCACCGGUUACCCUUUCAAGUGUUUUCUUGAUGCUUACAAAGGGUACCAUCAAAUACUCAUGAAAGAAGAAGAUGAGGAAAAGACAGCGUUCCACACUGAUAAAGGGAUCUUUUGUUAUCGGGAGAUGCCUUUUGGCCUCAAAAACGCUGGAGCAACCUACCAACGACUAGUUGACAAAGCCUUUUUAAGUCAAAUUGGUCGAAACAUGGAGACUGAGGAGGCUGAAGGAGCCUUCAACCAGAUGAAACAACAUCUAGCUUCCUUGCCAGACAUUGCAGCCCCCGAAACAGGAGAGUUAAUCUCAGUAUACCUUUCAGUUGCUGAAGAGGCCAUAAGCGCGGUCCUCACCAUUGAGCGAGACAAGGUUCAGACCACCAACAAUGAAGCUGAAUACGAGGCACUGAUCGCCGGCUUAAGACUAGCCAAAGAAAUGAAAGUCCAAAAGCUUAAAGUGUUCACAGAUUCAUUGUUGGUCUCAAGUCAAGUAAACGACAGCUAUGUUGCAAAAGAGCCCAACAUGAAAAGAUACAGAGAGAAAUCCAAAGAGCUGAUGAAAACCUUCCAAGAAUGCAACAUCAAGCAAAUUCCCAGGUCCCAAAACAAAAAGGCGGAUGCCUUGAGUAAGCUUGCAUCUCUCACUUUUGCCCACCUUACCAAGAAGGUGUUGGUAGAAGUGCUAAAGGCCCCGUCAAUCGAUGAAUUGGAAGUUCAAGACGUAGUCACCGAGGAAGAACCAAAUUGGAUGACUCCAAUCAAGAAAUUCCUUAAAAAUGGUGAAUUGCCAAGAGAUCAAAUAGAAGCCGAAAGGGUCAAGAUCAAAGCAAGGCAAUAUGUGCUACAAGGUGAAACCCUUUACAAAAAGGGUUAUCUUGCACCCCUGCUAAGAUGUGUUGGCCCUGAGCAACGUGAGUAUUUGAUCAAAGAAAUUCACGAAGGUAUAUGCGAAGCUCAUUUUGGUGCCAGGUCGGUGGUUGCACAACUCAUGAACCUUGGGUAUUUUUGGCUCUCGAUGCAUCAGGAUACCAGUGAGCAGUUGAGAAAAUGUGAUGCCUGCCAGAUUCAUGCACUAAUCCCAAAAAGUCCCAAGCAUGACCUUGUCCUAAUAACCUCAGCAUGGCCAUUCUAUAAAUGGGGGAUGGACAUUGUCGGUCCAUUUCCCCCAAGAAAAGGCGGAGUAAAGUUCUUACUGGUGGCCAUAGAUUAUUUCACCAAGUGGCCGGAGGUUAAACCACUUGCAAAGAUCACGAGCAAGCAGGUCAUUGACUUCGUUUGGGAGAACAUUAUUUGCCGUUAUGGAUUGCCGGGAGUACUUGUCACUGACAAUGGAAAGCAAUUUGCUAAGAAGCCUUUCAGCGUUUGGUGCAAAGAAUACAGGAUCAAUCAAGUUUUCAGCUCAGUGGCUUACCCGCAAUCAAACAGUCAAGUUGAAAGGACGAAUCGAAGCAUAGUGGAAGGGAUCAAAACAAGAUUGGGAAGGUAUGAAAGCAACUGGCUUGAAGAAUUGCCAGGCGUUUUAUGGGCAAUCCGGACAACCGAAAAAACAAGCCAUAAAAGAACACCUUAUAGUCUAGUAUUUGGGUCUGAGGCUAUAAUUCCUGCUGAAAUAGGAGUUGUUUUUGAGAUUGUUCUGAUUGAUUGUUUUGAAGAAUUUUGGCUGAGAAACUUGAAGAUUGGAAGACUGAAGUUGUUAGGAAAAUCAGGAAAAUGA